CCAGUCCUUCACUUCCUCCUGUAGGAAGUCAUUAACACCGAGGAGCUUUCCCGGCUGAAUGGCUCAAUUAACUCUGGGCCCUCUCUAGCGCUGCAGGCUUUUGGACUCUGCUGAGCUGGCCGGCUUGGGCAGCCUUUGCUUUGUACUCCCAAUUCUUCCGGUUCCCAGUGGGAUUUUAAUCCUGUAUUAGAGGCCACCAAGCAGUUUCUGGAGGAGAUUAACAAGUGGACUGUUCAGUACAAUGUAUCUCCACUCUCUUGGAACCUGGCUGUCAGGUUCCUCAUGGCCAGAAAGUUUGACGUCCUCCGGGCUAUUGAAUUGUUCCACUCCUACAGGGAAAUGCGACGGAAAGAAGGAAUUGUCAAGCUGAGGCCUCAUGAGGACCCCCUCCGUUCAGAAAUCCUCAGUGGGAAGUUCACUAUCCUGAACACGCGGGAUCCCUCUGGAGCCUCCAUUGCCCUCUUUACUGCUAAGUUACAUCAUCCUCACAAGUCCUCCCAGCACGUGGUGCUCCAGGCUCUGUUCUACCUGCUGGACAGAGCAAUGGAUAGUUUUGAAACUCAAAGGAAUGGACUAGUGUUUAUCUACGACAUGGGGGGUUCCAAUUAUAACAACUUCGAGCUAGACCUUGGCAAGAAAGUCCUAAACCUUCUGAAGGGAGCCUUCCCAGCUCGACUGAAGAAGGUAUUGAUCGUAGGGGCGCCCAUGUGGUUCCGAGUGCCCUAUUCCAUCAUCAGUAUCCUACUGAAAGACAAAGUCCGUGAAAGGAUUCAGAUAAUGAGGACAAGUGAGCUGACCCAGCAUUUGCCCCGGGAGUGCCUUCCUGAAAGCCUGGGAGGAUAUAUAAAGUUGGACCUCACCAGCUGGAACUUCCAGUUCCUGCCUCAAGUGAAUGGCCACCUGGACCCUCUGGAUGAAAUUAUCUUGUUGUCCCUCACUCCCUCUGAGGAGAGCGACUCAGUGCACAUCCCGGGUCCCCAUGCCAUGACCAUCUUGGAACUGCUGGAACACUUCAGCCACCGGCAGAAGAGGGGGAUUUACGAAGAGUACGAGGACAUUCGCCGAGAGAACCCUGUUGGCACCUUCCACUGUUCCAUGUCACCAGGUAACUUGGAGAAAAACCGAUAUGGCGACGUGCCGUGCCUCGACCAAACCCGAGUGAAGUUGACCAAAGGGAGUGGUAUCACCCAGACAGAUUACAUCAAUGCCAGUUUCAUGGAUGGAUAUAAGCAGAAGAACGCUUAUAUUGGCACACAAGGUCCCUUGGAGAACACCUACCAUGACUUUUGGCUCAUGGUCUGGGAGCAGAGAGUGCUGGUGAUUGUUAUGACCACACGAUUCGAGGAAGGCGGCAGGAGAAAGUGUGGCCAGUACUGGCCCUUGGACAAAGACAGUCAGAUCCGAUUUGGCUUUCUCACAGUGACCAAUCAAGGAGUGGAAAACAUGAACCAUUAUAAGAAAACAACGCUGGAAAUUCACAACACAGAAGAGCGACAGAAGAGACAAGUGACCCAUUUCCAGUUCCUGAGCUGGCCGGAUUAUGGCGUCCCUUCUUCAGCUGACAGCCUGAUCGACUUCCUCAGAGUGGUCAGAAGCCAGCAGAAGACGGCGGUCAGGAGCUUGGGACCACGCUUCAGAGGUCAUCCCAGAGGGCCGCCCAUCGUGGUCCACUGCAGCGCGGGCAUUGGCAGAACAGGCACCUUUUGUUCACUGGACAUCUGCCUGGCACAGCUGGAGGAGCUGGGCACGCUGAAUGUGUUUCAGACAGUGUCCCGCAUGAGGACCCAGAGGGCAUUCAGCAUCCAGACCCCGGAGCAGUACUUCUUCUGUUACAAGGCCAUCAUUGAAUAUGCCCUGAAGGAGGGCUUGGUGCCCCCUGGCUGCCAUCUUCUGGGCAUCGAGAGGCAAUAGCUGGCACCUGGGGCCUCUCACCUGCCCAUCGGUAACCUUCCGCCAGCCUUCCUCCCUUUCCCUGGGACACUGCCAAGCCCCUAGGUGGCCAUCAGUAAUGUUGAAACAGAUCCACCUCUUUCUAUGUCUCCUGGUACAUUGCAGCCUUUUCCUUUGGCUAGCUAGCUCUGAUAAAAUCUCCACAAGUAGCCAGUGGCUAGCAGCUCGUGUUCUUAAUUUCUAGCACCUGCUAUUGAACUGUGCCUUAUUAAAACCAAAUUGUGGCUACCGUUUUUUGACAGGGGUCCCCAGAGGUAAGUGGGAAAGGCUUUUCUCUUCCCCUCUCCAACUCCCCUCACCUCGACUUUGCCACAGUUUGAUGGGGAAGGAGGUGAGAGACCACCUCUAGUUCAUCCCAGGAGAGUCUGACCAACCCCAUAUCCUAGAGAUCAUCCCCAGUGCCAAGAAGGUGUAAGAAGUAAGGCAUGUCCUCCAGUCUUAUCUACCAUUCUGUGUGCCUGUGUGUGUGUGUGUGUUACGUGUGCAGGGGCCUGGAUCUGUCUGUAUGUGUGUGUGAGUAAUAUAUACUGUAUGUGUUAAUAUGUACGUAUUCUAUAAAUCCAUACGAACACACCUCUUUCCAGCAGUUCAUGGGAUUCCAUGCUGGAGGUCAGGCCGCCAUGUUCCUUAGAGGUCGCUUCAGAAAUGGCAUUGUUCAUUGCCCGUGGGGCGCUCCCACCCGAGGGAAUGUGGGAGGGGAGUCAAUUAUGCAUUAUGUUGUUGGACAGGGAGGAUGUUUGUCCUUCACCCUGCUCCCCACCAUCUACACCCCCUUCUGAGUGUGGACCAGGCCCCUCUCUUGGUCAUGGCCUGCCUUUGGCCCUGGGAAUGCUGUAUGUGGUGACCCUGGUGUGUUAUUCUCCCAACAUAACAUUUUUUUCCUCUGUUUACCUUAUCCAUUGGGGAAACCUUUACCUUGAAUAAGGAGCUGCAGAUCUCCACUGUGACAUUCGACCCCGUAUUUCUCGCUAGUCCUCCCCAGGGGAUGAUGGGGAUUAACUCACUGAGGAGCCAAGGCCAAAGGCAAUCGGUACGAAGUCUUCAAAGGGCUCACAGGGACCCUGGGCCCAAUACAGGAAGGGGAACUUGACCUGGAGGUAUCACUUGACAAGAAGAGCUUUUCUUUCUCAUUUGCCUUUCUGAAGCAUUCCCUUCUGUGCUGCCUCUUACCCUUGCUUUCCCCGUCAUCUGGAUGCUCUUUCUGUGCCGGCCACAUCCUGGUUCUGGGCCAAGAAAGAGCUGAAAGCGGCUCCUGGCUGGGGACUCCCCACAAAGAGACCCCCCCCCAGCUCUGGAAUUGCUGUUCAUCACCCCACUGUCCUGCCCCAGCCCGACAUCACCAACAGCUGCCCCCUGUGCUGAGGGGGAGACUGUCAGUAAUGCAAAAGCUCCUUCCUCCCAGAAGAUGAGGUUGGCGGCUGAGUGGCCCUCGGUCAUUUUAUACUGUAACAAGCUCUUUGAAUGUGUAUAUUCUUAUUUUUACAAUCUUUUCAUUUUGUAUUUAACGUUCAAGGAUUGAGUCAGAUUUGGAGAAUAAUUGUAAAUGUUCAUAUUCAAUACCUUAUGGUGAUACAAUUUUGUAUUUACGUAUAAAUAUACCUACAAAUGAUCUGA